UUUAAAAAGUUCCCUAUGGCCCGAAUACGGUGACGGGAGUGACGUGAAUUUUAGCAAUAUUACACAGUUAAAACUAAAAAGUUAACAUGUGACUGUAUCUGAUAGCGUUUACAAAUAAAUAUAGUGCCUUAUAAUUCCCGCCUAAAGUUUAUACGUUAGUUUUGGAAAAACUAAUAUAUGCGAAUGCCGUUCAAUGGAUUCCGAAACAAAGCCAAGAUCUAAGGUCAAAGCAAAGAAGAACGGACGAAAAAAUGAGAAAAAGAAAAAAGUCGACAGUAAAAGUACCGACGAGACGUUAGACGAAGUAUGUCGCCAAAUGAGCAAUUUGGUGGAGGAAGACAAUACCGAUGGAGGGUCGGGAAGUUCCACCGACAGCGAAGACUUAGUAAAUGCUAUUAACUACAACACCAUCACAUCCCUGGCUGCUCUUAAGGAUAUUAUUCAAGGAGAUAGCAAUGACACUCCUGAAACAGAUAGCUUCUUCCAGCAUUAUUUUAUGAACCACUGUAACAAUUUAUCGAGUCGUAACUCAAGUUCCAACUCGCCGUUUCCUUUUGCGGAACGGCGUCGCCUUUCUCAAUGCCGAGAAGAAGACGAAGACGAUGAGAGAAAAGAGGGCGAGCAUCCUCCUUCUGCAGAAUCCUCGGAGUCAGAUUCUGAAAUAGCAUCACAAGGAAGUUUUAACACAUUAUCUAAGGAUGGUGACGAUGACUUCAAAGCUGUAACAGACUUGGAACAGUUUGUUGACGACUGUGUCGACUCAGAAGGCCAGUCGCCAGGCCGGAUGGUGAUGGGAGCCCGGCACAAAUUUCUUGUUACAACAGCACAGGCUCCGCCACCAACGACAAUUGAACGAGUACUACGCACACAUCACAAUGCUCACACUGUGCAUUUUGGGACAAGGGGCGCCGAAGAGCAGAGGCCCAACGUGCGCAAUAUUUUUCCUGGACAGAAUCUCCACCAUGAUAAAAAUUACUUUGACAGUAGUUUAAUAGAAAUUCGGUCCACUGUAGACGAUGGGCUUACCAGCGUAGAAGACAUUUGGGUGAAGCGAGCUGAUGAGAAACAAGUUUUAACUCAAGACGCUAAACUGAAGGUUAGUGUCAAAAAGGAGGAAGAUGUGGAAUCGACAACAGAUCAGCAAGCAAGUGGGGAACGUAUUCGUUCCGGCACAUGGGGUUCGCAGUCUUCCCGCUCGGAAAAAACUGUUGUUAAGAAAGCACCUGUACGAAAAGAAAAAGACAUUCGAAGAAGCACUGAUGACAGGCGUCAAAAAAGGGAGCAACGGCUGGAUGCGGCUAUCACGCGAAGCACGCAGUCGGUCGGCGAGCGUAAGAGGCGUGGCUCAGCUGACGACGGACAGCCACAUCCCAUGUAUCAACAGACUAUACAUGGUACAACCGGCGUGAGUCGCCGACCGGCGCUGUUUGAUAUGUUCAAAUCCAAGCAAAAGACCGACGCUAAGAAACAACCAUCGAUUAUGCAGCAAGUCAAAGCCGCUGUGCAGAACAUGACAAAAUCGAGUGGCUCGGGGCGCGAGACACCAGUAAAAUCGGAACCUUCCAGGACAGAAGCAACACCCACCACCUCUGUGGUGACGCAAGACAAAGCCAAGGAUGGUUCGGCUCACCCGCAUCCUGGAAGCGAUACCAGGUAUUAUCAUACUGUAACGGCAUCGGCAACACGGCGGCCUAGUGCGAUGGCGAAAGUUAUGGACAUAUUCCGCGGGCGCGCCUCGAUGCCUGGACAAAAUCUGUUGCCUAUUGAAAGCUCCGAGAAACGGAAAGUGAGAGCCAUUGCACACCAACAACAUUACACAACAGGAGCUCAUUUACGCCGUGCUGCGUCACAGGACGCGGAGAAACGUCGCUCGUCGCUUGGCCAUGUCCCUACUGUACGCCACCGUGCCUCCGACGCCUUUCUGGACCCGCAUCAUGCUGCCAUGCUCUUCAGAGAUUCUAGAGGGCUGCCCGUGGCGGACCCAUUCUUGGAAAAAGUCAGUCUCUCCGAUUUAGAGGAGGAUGAGUCCCAGAUAUUUGUGAAGUUCUUCAAGUUCCACAAGUGCUACGAUCUGAUCCCCACGUCUGCCAAGCUGGUAGUCUUCGACACGCAGCUUCUUGUGAAGAAAGCAUUCUUUGCCCUCGUUUACAACGGCGUGCGUGCUGCUCCACUAUGGGAUUCUCAGCGUCAGCGGUUCGUGGGCAUGCUGACUAUCACUGAUUUCAUCAAGAUUCUGCAGAUGUACUAUACCAGCCCCAACGUCGCUAUGGAAGAGCUGGAAGAGCACCGCCUUGAGACUUGGCGUCAAGUGCUUAAGGGGUCAGUGAUGCCACUAGUGUCGAUCGGGCCGGACUCGUCUUUGUACGACGCGAUUCGCAUUCUAAUUAUGAAUCGUAUACACCGGCUGCCCGUAAUCGACCCCGACACCGGCAACGUUCUCUACAUACUUACACACAAGAGGAUAUUGCGUUUCCUCUUCCUAUAUAUAAAUGAGCUACCUAAGCCGAAGUACCUUCAAAGUAAGCUCCGAGACGUGCGCAUCGGCACGUUGAACGAUAUCGAGACGGCGACUGAGGAGACGUCGAUCAUAGACGCUCUCAGCAAGUUUGUCAACAGACGCGUCUCCGCGCUGCCGCUCGUUGACGCCGAGGGGCGUCUCAAGGAUAUUUACGCCAAGUUUGAUGUCAUUAAUCUGGCUGCUGAGAAGACAUAUAACAAUUUGGACGUGUCAUUGAAAAUGGCAAACGAGCACCGGAAUGAGUGGUUUGAAGGAGUUCAGAAGUGCACGCUCGACGAAACAUUAUUCGAUGUUAUGGAGAGAAUUGUACGGGCUGAGGUGCAUCGUUUGGUUGUAGUGGACGAAGAGGACAAAGUAAUAGGAAUUAUAUCGUUGUCCGACUUAUUGAUGUAUCUUGUUCUGCGGCCAACGGGCGAAUGUGGUGGUGCCAGCCUACGGAACGAGCAUUCAUCUAUCGAAGAGAAGGAUGAAACCGCUCUCUCCGAAACUACAGACGCGAAGCCAUAUACAGAAGCAGAAGGCGGACAAACCACUGCAAAGUGCGUUACCUCAGACACUGACUGCAUUACCGCCGAGGACGAUUCUCAGAGCUACUUUCCAGAAGCAAAAGACGACAGCACUAGCCAAGAUCCGUAAUAAUAGUGUAAUUCCUCUGCAUGAACGUAGUUGUUUAGAAUACAACAUUUUUAGGAUCUAGACUAUGCGCAAUUUCAGCGUGUAUACAGUCAAUUUAAAGUCUCUGAUUAUUUAGGUAAACAUCUCGUCAUGAUAACUUUACAAACAAUUUGAACGCCUUUGAAAGUUAAGUAAAACAAAGAAGUAAAAAGAAAUCGGUAAAAUGAAGGUAAAAAUUUCAUAUUUAUUUAGGGUUGUACCUAUCGCCUUGUCAUUAAUGUAAAGUUAUCAUGAAAUAUGUAUAUUGGUCACCUACAACGGCUCCUUUAGUUGACUGUACAUAAAGUUACAAACUUUUUUAGGGACGGUUGUGAUUUAAGGUCAAAAUUUGUAACUUUUAUUUCAACAUUGAGAUCCCCAUUUCGUUGGUUUCGACGCAAUCCAAUUUCCGAUUCCAAUUUUUAUACGAUAUUUCAAUUUAAUUUAUAAUUUUCUGUAUUACGUAGUGUCUAUUCAUUGCAUGGACGUAUUCGUUCCGUAACAAUCCGUUGUUUGAUUUGGCCAGUAAUGAGGAUGCGCAGCCAUUUGAGUGUCGUUAAUGGAAUGUAAUGCUUCGUUGUUCGAACCAGUGUACCAUUUCUAAGAGUUCAAGGAAUUUUCAGAAAUAGUUUAAAUUUUCAUUUCCCAUGAAAGAUUACACCACUGUUAUACACCUCACGCGUAAUGCUGUCUAAAAUUAUUCGACAUUGAGAGCCUAUUCGAUUUUGUGAGAGAUAUUUAUCAUUUGGAAACCAAUAUUUAUCACAAGAUGUAGCGAUAGUAGGCAAGAGAUUUCUUUCAUUAUGAUUUUGAUACAUUUAAGAACAGAAAAUCAUCACAAAUAUGCCAUUGAAAGAUGAUAAGUUACAUUUACAUCUUCACAAGACGUGGGGUUAAUGAUGUAAUUGACUACUUUUACAUGAUUGUAAAAUUCAACAGAAGAAUCACCAAGGCAUACUAACAAUGUUACCAAUUUAGAGUUGGAAAAUAAAUUGUAAAUUUUCAAUAAGUAGGACCAAGAAAGGAAAAAAAAUCAUGAGUCUAGAAAAUAAGAAAGAAUUAGUUAAUUAGAAAUGAGACAAAAACAACGGCUUUGCAAAAUAAGAGGUAGUUCGCUGUUUGCACCAUAUAGAU